CAGGGCCGCUCGCUGGGCUCUGUCAGCUUUCACGCUGAGCAGGAGCGAUAUUACGUACCCUCCACAGCAGCGCGAUUUUACUCUGGCUCGCCUGAAGUUUUCCCACAGAUAAGAGGGAAAGGGGUGGGGAAGAAAGAUUGCCCCGAGGACACCUCUCUCUUGCAGGACAUGGAGAACAGGCCAACAGGAACCAAUUCAGAGGUAGACAACUCGGCAACACUGUCAGUGGCUCAGCUAGCAGGGAAAUUCAAAGAGCAAGCAGCCAGUAUCACUGCAAAAGAGGUACCACCACAUAAGCCAACUCGGAGGAAACCACCAUGCUCCCUUCCACUCUAUUCCCACAAGACAGAGACAAGCCAUAACGAUGAACAAAAGCCGUCUCCAAAUGCUUGCCCUAUGCCCAAGGUCAAGGUGAAAAGCUCCCCCAUGAUUGAAAAGCUGCAGGCCAAUCUGGCUUUUGCUCCAGCUGCCCUGCUACCGGGAGCAUCUCCUAAAAGCCCGGGUGUCAAAGUCAUGGUCUCUCCGUUCAGCACCCCUCCCUCCACCCCUAGCAGCCCCGGCAUCCAGUCCCAACCUAGUGAACCCAACGAGACACCGGUCAGCUUCGAUCAACCCCCAGAAGGCUCUCAGCUGCAAUUCUAUAACAAGGUGCGGACACGAGGAUCAAUAAAGCGUAGGCCUCCCUCCAGGAGAUUCAGAAGAUCUCUGUCGGAAUAUGGAGACGGGGAAGACUUAGAGGUCAACAUCUCCUCUCCAGAAAAUGGUGCCAGAGAAGAUGGGGAUGAGGUGUUUGGGCCCAAGGGCAAGGUGGAGGAGGCAGAAACAGGCAGCAAAGCACUAAAAAAGCAGUCAGGGUCUGAUGAGAAGCCUCCAUCAAGGAGAGGAUCCAGUAGGUCAGAAAAUGAAGAAAAAGGAGAAAAACAGGCAGAGGAAAUGACUCCUUGCAAGAACAAUGCAGGAGAUACAGAGCAGGAGGUGAGUUGUGCCUCAGGGGAGGAGAAUGCUGCCCAACCUCCCUCUGGAGAUAAGAAAGAGAAGGUGUUCAAGGGUCCGCAGGGAGAAAGGGAGGAAGGCAGUGCCUGUGAACAGGAAAAAGGUGACAAAGAGAAGGAAGAAACAGAGAAGAAGGAGACCAGUGAGAGCACAGACACACAGGGAACAUCAGACGCUGAAGAAACACCAUUGGCACCUGAGACACUGCAGGCAGCAGCAGACUUGGAGAUCACCAGUGAGUCUUCAACAUAACCCACACAGGACCAGGGCACAGAGCAACUGUGAUGCACAGGACAUACCCAGUCAGGACAGAGGAGACAACGCACGAACAGGAGCCAUCUAACCCAAUCAACAUGGAAGCUACUGGAAAACUGUCUGUGGCAGGAGAGGAGCAGAAUAUGAAUAUCCUCGGAGGUUCAGAAGCAUCCCAGAGCUGAGUAACCAGUCGCUGGCCCUCUGCUCUCACACCAUCAUCUGCUGUUACAGUCAGAGUGAGAGACUGGCUUAUAAUCACUUCAGAGUUCAAAAUGUAGUUACUGGCUGACUUUUCUUAGGGGAUAUUCCGGAAAUGAGAGACCUGAUAAAUGGUGUCCUGGCUGGGCCCAACUGCCACCAUCACUUCUGGGCCCCCUGUUCCUCACUCCUGCUGAGCUCCAAAAUGUCAUUUUCUUCUCCCCUGCACUGGUCUUAGAUGAAGUUCAUCAGUGUAGGACCCAUAUAUAUGUAUAUAUAUACACAUACACACACACACACUUAUAUACACACACACUUAUAUACACACACACACAUAUAUGUUUGUGUGUUGUAUGUAUGUAUGUUUGUAUGUAUAGUGCCUUUUCAGUAGCUUCUUUAGAAAAAUUUUGUUUUUUCAAAUUUAAUUAAACAACAUUUUAACAACAGGAAAAAAAGCAUGUUUUCUCUACAAAUGCUGUAUGGCAUACAAUGUGAAUCCUAAAUAUGGAGAAAACUCUUUAAAAACUGAUUAUAAAGCAUAAAAUCCAUUUGGAGUGGGGGUUGAGCAGGAUGAUCUGUGUAUGAAACACCCAGCCGUUGUAGUCAAUUUUUCUGUGUGCUUCAACUUUGGGGUGUUUUAGUACUGGUGGAAAGUAACAACCAACAGAUUUGAUCCAGAGAAAAUAUAUGCUGUAUCGGUCAAUAGGGCAAGUUUUCUUUACCUAGCCCUGUGCUCUAGUCCUGAUUUAGAAGGGCCACUUGUCCAUCAGUCCUUCUCAUUUCCAGACCCUAUCCAAUUUUUUUUAUUCUCUUUUGAAACUUCCUGCAUGGGGCCAGUUAGUGCUAUUUGUGAUAGAAGGCAUUCUGGCUUACUCAUUAAUUUUAUGCAAGUCAAUGAAGAGGUCUUAGAUGGCCAAGUUUCAAGCCAUAUGGCCUGACUGAAUAUGAUUUGGCAAAGUACAGUUAGCAAGUCCCUCCAAGUACUUAGGAUUGGCAUUGUAUGUGAUUUGCCCCCUCUCUUGGAACAGUAGUUCAUUCAUGGGACUAGCAGUGGUUGAGCCAAAAAUCUUUUACAUCUAGAGAGUAUUUGCUGCUCAUAAGAAGUAAGUUAUGUAGGGGAAAAUAAACAAUAGACAACAGACUCUGUUACCUGACCACUUUUCUGACAGCAGUGUUUGAGGCUGUAUCUGUAAUACUGAAUAAAAAGUAGCACUAGCUCAAGGCUAAGGGGCCACACUGCUUAGGUGUAGCCCUCUCUACAUAAUAUAUAUUGCCUUGGAGACAGCUAACCAGAAUUGUGAAAAACUAAACCAAGGAGUCAACUAACAGUUAAGUGGUGUGGACGGUUAAGGGCCAAUGCUUACACCUUCUGCCAGCCACCUAUUAUUUAGCAGUAUAGAUGUAGCUACAGAGACCAAAGACAGAACUUGACAACUCCUCAUUAUCUUUCACAAAAUCCCUCCUAGCAAACAUUAAGCUAAGCAGUGUAGGAAGCCUGUGUUGUCCCUGUCCUGUGGACAGGCAUGGGCACCUUUCACACCAUAGCUCACAUCCAUCCUUGACUGGGCUCUGAAAUAUAGCCUGUCUGUAUCUGAAAUACAGCAGUAUUACAAAGCAUCACCCAUGGUUUUGAGGGAUGUCCCUUUUCUGUUCACCAGCACUAAAAUCACAAGGAAACAAAUGGUUCUAUGCCCUGCCUUUCUUCUUUCCAGGUGAGAGCACUAAGGUAUCAUUUGUUGAGAGCCAGCAGUGUUGCCCGUUAUCUAUAGAACAGCCUUGUUGGUAAACAUGACCCCCACAUCCUUUUGAGCCAUGUUGUGGAGUAUUGUUGCCUUCAAAUCUAUUUUAGUAUGUUUGUUAAAGCUUGUAUUCCAGGGCAGGCUGCAAUUAUUUACUGUGACUUGUUUCUUCUCUCAGCAGAGUAUCUCAUCUGGAUGUGAGUGAUUGUGCCUUACUGUAUAUAUAGAUAUUUGUGUGCGCCUGUUUAGAGAAUGUGUAUGUGUGUCCCAAGCAAGGGAGUGGAAAUCUGAGGGAGAAACAGAAAAUGUAAAUGGUGGAAUAAAAACAAAACAAAA